GUGUCAUUCUAGCAUAAGAGUCUUGUCGAAUUGUCAUCCUUCGAUUCGACUUCAAUCAGCGAAGUGUUUUGGCGUUAGCGUGUGUACGUGAACAAUUCAAGUGGUGUCAGAAUAUCGACAAUCUACUCAGGUCGUCCCGCUUACUUAACGGCCUGGCCCCUGCCUGUUCCGCCAUUAGCAGUCGUGGUCUCUGGAUCGGCUGUAGAGGUUGAGAUCGGUGUCGGUACCGAGGAAUUGACGAAAGUGCAAAUGGCUCUCAAACGCAUCAAUAAAGAAUUGUUGGACCUAGGCAGGGAUCCGCCUGCCCAGUGCUCAGCCGGUCCCCUUGGAGAGGAUCUGUUCCACUGGCAGGCUACAAUUAUGGGACCACCGGACAGUCCAUAUCAGGGUGGAGUAUUUUUUCUCACAAUUCACUUCCCCACUGACUACCCAUUCAAACCGCCCAAGGUGGCAUUCACGACGCGUAUUUACCAUCCCAAUAUCAACUCAAACGGCUCCAUCUGUUUGGAUAUUCUUCGCUCGCAAUGGUCGCCAGCGCUCACCAUUUCUAAGGUUCUCUUGUCGAUAUGCUCACUGCUGUGUGACCCAAACCCGGAUGAUCCGCUCGUUCCGGAGAUUGCUAAAAUCUACAAGGCGGAUCGGGACCGCUAUAACGAGCUAGCACGAGAAUGGACCCGAAAGUACGCGAUGUAAACAAGCCACAUCCUGUUGAGAACCAUAGAAGCCGCAGCAGACGACACCUAAAAGACCGCUGCUGCUGCAGCUGUUGCAUAAAAGUUGAGCGUUUGUUAGAUCACCACCAUCACCACCAACUACAACAGUAACAAAACAACAAGAACAUACGUAAAUAAUAAUAAUAGUAAUAAUAAUAGUAAUGACGACAGAACACAAUGAAGAAAACCUCAACAGAAAAAAAUAUUAUCAACAACAAUAAACAAUACCAGCAACUAAUAUAUAUAUAUACAUAUAUAUAUACAUAU